AUGGUCAACCAAACUCUCUUGCGACACGGAGCGCAAGCCGGACUUCAAGCCGGAAGAUAUCGUCAAUUAUCAGCAGGUUGUCCCUCAUGCACUAAGACUGCUAAAGUUGUGUCUUUCGUGGAUCAGUAUCGAAACGAACAAAGUCUGGAUGAGAGAUCUCGCACGAAGUUUGACAUGAUGCGCAAGCGACAUUUCAUUCGGGGUUGGGCGUCGUUCAUAAUGUUCGAAAGAUGUUUUUGGCCACCAAAUAGCUGGCUUCGCACCGCAGACUCUGAUGCGGUUCAUCACAUUGAACGAGUCCUUUCUGAGACAGAGAUUGAGCGCCACCAUGGUGUGCAGACUCGCGCAACUCACGAUUGGAGAGCUCUGACUGCGUACCUGCUUUCAGAAGCAACCCCUCAAGAUAUACAGGACAAGUCUAUGGGUGCAAUAGCCAGCAAAGCUGCGAGUGAAGUCAUCAGUCUCUUACAUCCUUAG